ACGGUGGGGCGGAUGACUCUAGAAAGGAAGGUGAGCCCCCACUAGUCAGUCACUAGAAGCAUCUUCAAGAAUUUUACAAGCAAGCAAGCGCAUAAUCUCUUCUCAACUCAACUGAACCUUACACUUGAGAGAGCAUCCAUGGCGGUUACAUUUUCUGAUCUACACACAGAGCAAGGUCUCAAAACCCUCGAGGAACACCUUGCCGGAAAUUCCUACAUCUCCGGCGAUCAGCUUUCGUUGGAUGAUGUGAAGGUUUACGCUGCCGUAUUGGAGAAGCCAGGAGAUGGCUUUCCCAAUGCUAGCAAGUGGUACGAUAGCAUUGCUUCCCACCUCGCUAAAUGUUUUCCCGGGAAAGCUGUCGGAGUGAGAGUUGGUGGUGGUGUUGCUCCAUCUGAAGAAGCUCCGCAGACUGAGGCACCUGCUGCUAGAGCUGAUGAUGAUGGUAUAGAUCUUUUCGCUGAUGAAACAGAAGAUGAGAGAAAAGCUGCAGAGGAGAGAGAAGCUGCUAAGAAGGACACUAAGAAGCCUAAAGAGAGUGGAAAAUCUUCUGUGCUUCUGGAAGUAAAGCCAUGGGAUGAUGAAACCGAUAUGAAGAAACUAGAAGAAGCUGUGCGUAGUGUUCAGAUGCCAGGUCUUACGUGGGGAGCUUCGAAACUGGUACCGGUUGGUUACGGGAUAAAGAAACUCACAAUCAUGAUGACAAUCGUUGAUGACCUUGUGUCUGUGGACAACCUCAUUGAAGACCAUCUCACCUCAGAACCUAACAAUGAGUACAUCCAAAGUGUUGACAUUGUCGCUUUUAACAAGAUCUAGAGACUACAAAACCCUUCCACAUGAAAAGAUAUCGAGUGUCCAGUUUGGUGUUCAGGCCUAAUCUUGUUGUGUUUUCAUAUGGUUUGAUAUGAGGCCUAGAGUCUUUCCUUUUAAGUUCUAAGACCAACUUUGGAGUUGAAAACGAGUCGGUCUUAUUAAGUUCUUGUCUUGUUGUCUUUAAGGUGAAUUUGCUGUUAAAACUAUGUUGGGCUUCGUAACAUCAAGAUUACAAAACAAACUGUGUAAUAAAAUACUAUUGAAUAUAUUGGUCUUGGGCUAAA